CACCAGACCCGACACUUCGCUUCGAUGCUGCGGCAUCGCUUUCUUUUGGUCGUUUCAUCAAGAGCAUGCCUGGACGUGCAUCUACGCGAGGCCGACACACAGACGCCACCACCUUCCCGAUGCGCUAGGAUCUGGCCGUCGGUUAGCAGUUCCUCCGUUCCAUUUUCAACGUCAUGAGAGGCUGGCACUCUACUUCAAGACCAUUCUUUCAUGGCAUGCGCCAUCUGACCUUUCGACUUGCCCCCUUUAGAGUUGGAUGAUACCCCGCGCCGCUUGUACCGUUAACAGCCCGAAUCCUGUGCCGCCUGUGCCACUGAACCAUACCUCAUCGGACUACCAGGCGCCGUGAGUAGACGGGCUCCUGGAAGAGAUGGCAAACACCGUGUACGCAGUUCUGGCAUUACUGCCAGUUCUAUCGUGGUAUCUCUACGCACGACUAAAAGACUGGCGCUUUAAGAAAUACAGCCAUAUUCCCGAGUCCUUCCCAAAUUCUCUAGCACUCGGACAUCUCAAGUACAUUGCGGAAGGAUUCAAACAGUUUGGAGAUUCAAGGCGUCAUCCUGAUUAUGUGUUCGAUCUUCUGUGGAAGAAAGCUGGAUGUCCUCAGCUGUUCUUAUUGGAUUUGCGGCCCGUCAAUUAUGUCACGGUUUUUGUCGCAUCGCACGACAUUGCCGAGCAGAUCUCUAAGGUGACGAAGCUGCAUCCUACUGGUGUCACGAAAUCCCCAACUAUUCAAUGGUCAUAUGGGCGGCUAGUAGGCAAACGGUCGUUGCUGAGUGAAGAGGGAGAGUCUUGGAAAUCUCUACGAAAGCGUUUCAAUCCCGGGUUCGCACCGCAGCACCUUCUCACUCUUCUGCCAAAGAUUCUGCAGAAGGCUUCCAUCUUCAUGAACAAACUCGAUGCUCUCACCGAUUCAGGCAUCGAGUUUGAUAUGGAUCCUCUCUGUACUAAUCUUACCUUUGACAUCAUCGGGGAUAUUGUAACCAAUGUCGAUUUCAGAGCCCAGGACGACGUGUCUGGGGGUAACGACAUUGUGCACUCUUUCCGCUCGCUCAUUGAAACAUACACGGACACUGGCCGCAUUUGGCUGUGGCUCAAUGUUCCCGUACGAUUGAGAAGGAUAUACUAUAGCGUAAAGGUUGAUGCCGCUAUCAAGAGGUGCAUCAAAGAAAAGUUCAACGAGAUCAAGGCAGCCCAGAGCACAGAGACUAAGCAAACCAAGGACCGAUCUGUACUUGCUCUCGCUUUGAAAGAUACAGAUGUCCUGACGAACGACAUCUCACAGACCACGGCGGACCAAGUAAAGACGUUCCUGUUCGCUGGACACGAUACGACAUCUAUAUUGCUUCAACGGCUGUUCUACGCACUUUCGAUCCACCCAAAGUGUCUCGAAACCAUUCGCGCUGAGCAUAACGCUAUGUUCGGGGACAAGGAUCCACGAGACGUCCUACUAGCAAAACCCGACGAAACCAUCAAGGCCCUCACUUACACGUCCGCCUGCAUCAAAGAAGCCCUCCGACUCUGGCCACCUGCUGGAACUGCACGUCUCGCUCCUCCUGGAACGGGAUUCAAAGUGCGGUUGGACAAUGGCGAGGAAGUAUGUCUUGAUGGAACCGUUCUCUACUCCUGCCAGUACCUCAUCCAACGCGAUCCCAAGGUAUACGGCGAGACUGCUGACGACUUCGCGCCUGAACGCUGGAUUGGUGACACCGACACUAGCUCUACAAGUAAAGACGAAGAUAGCGCCGAGAUUGGAGCGAGCAAAAUACCGAUCAGCGCUUGGAGGCCGUUUGAGCGAGGACCCCGGCAUUGCAUCGGCCAGGAGUUGGCGAACCUGGAGGCAAGGGUGAUCUUAGCUUGUGUCAUGAGGAGGUAUGACUUUAUCAAGGUCGGAGCUGGCGAGGUAGAGUUGGACGAGAAGGGAAACCCGACUGUGGAUGAGAAGGGAAGGUAUAAGACGAAGUCUGAGCUGUUUAAUUCCAUGGUUGUCACAUCGAAACCUUUUGACAAGACCCGUAUGCGGAUAAAAUGGCACAAAGCCGGGAAAUGAGUGGCGAUUCGAAGAGCAAGCAGAGCGUACGUCUCGUUGAAGGUUCCUUGGCCGUGUCUUCUUCUAGUUUAGGAUAGGGAACCUGGUAAUGGAUAGCGUUUACUUAACGACACCCAC